UAUACGCGUGCGUAGUUUAGAUUUCUGACAGCAAGGAAAUGUUGACGCCACGGUUGCGGAAAAUGUUGUGAGCUAUACCCGUUAUAUUGCAUUUAUAUGGUGUUGUUGUACAUACGAGUAUACAUUGAGUGAACGGUAUUAAAUCUUCGCGUCCAGUAAAAUGGUCGCAGUUGACGCUUCUCCAGCUAGCUUAGUUUAGCUUGUUCGCUGGGGAAAAGGACACGGAAGUGAGCCAUCCGUCACGAAAACACAAACAGAAAAUGUAGUGUUGCGACUGUGUUCCAACGUGUUGAAUCCAGAUGCCAAGACCCUCUCUGGGACUGUUAAAGAAAAAAACGACAGUGCAGUACGAGGAGGAAUUUCAGUCCGAACAAAAGAAGAGAACGAGCGACAACAUCAUAGAGUAUCAACGUUGUCGUUUUCAACUGACCAGACGCCAGGCAAGAAGAUUUUCAUCCUGAGCAGCAGGGGAGGAGCUUCAGGAUGGAGCAGGAAGAGCCAGAGUCUCCCUUUAUCAAAGAGGAAGAUGAGCAACUAGAGUCCACCUGCAUGAAAGAAGAGAAAAAUGUGUGGAGCAGUGAGGAGGGAGAGCACCGUCCAGAGCUGGAGUUCCCAGUGAUUCACAUUAUUGUAAAAAGUGAACACGAUGAAGAUGGAGAUCAGGGGUCACAGUUUCACCCCGGUCAAUGUGAGAAGAAUGGAGGGGCGGAGCUUCCAAGCAGCAGCUCAAGUCAAUACAUGACAACAGAAGGAGAUGGAGACCACUGCGGAGGAUCACAAGCAGACAGUCUUUCAGUGCAACUAUCAGAUAGUGACGACAUAAAGUCACACUCACCUGACACUGACGAUGAACACUCAAGAGUUGAUACGACCUGUCACACUGACAUCCAACGUGUUAAAUGUCCCCACUGUGACAAAACUUUUGGCAACAGGAAGAAUCUAACAAGACACAUGAAGUGUAAUACGGGAGGAAAAACGUUCAGUUGUACAGUUUGCAGUAAAAGCUUCUCCAUAAAGGGAAGUUUAGUUGCGCACAUGAGAACACACACGUGAGAGAAACCAUUCCUUUGCUCAAUCUGUGGGAAACGUUUCUCCAUCAGGGGAAAUUUGCUGAUUCACACGAGAACGCACACUGGAGAGAGACCAUUUGCAUGCCCAAUCUGCAAGACGAGUUUUGGAGUUCACGCAGUACUGAUGAAACACAUGAGAACGCACACGGGAGAGAGACCUUUUGCCUGCUCAGUUUGUGGGAAACGAUUCUCGGACAAUUCACAUUUGAUAACACACAUACGAUCACACACUGGCGAAAAACCAUUUUCCUGCUCAAUCUGCAAAACAAGUUUCAGUGAUCGUUCAGGAUUGGUUAAACACACCAGGACGCACACUGGGGAGAAACCUUUUACCUGCUCCUUUUGUGGGAAAAGAUUCUCCAUCAAAGGACAUUUGAAAACACAUGAAAGAAUCCACACAGGGGAGAAACCCUUUUCCUGUUCCAUGUGCGACAGAAGUUUUUGUGAUCGUUCAGCAUUUGUCCGCCACACGAGAACGCACACUGGUGAGAAAGUGUUCAGUUGCAGUUUGUGCAAGGAAAGAUUCUCUUACAAGUAUCAAGUGGACAAACACAAUUGCGCUGGCGAGAAUAGCGGCAGUCACAAAGCUGCACCCCACUGAACAAACUGAACAUUUGGACAUUAUAAGCAUCAAUGCUGUGUCAGCGAGUAAAGCUGCCACAACUUCCUUUUUUGCUGCGUUGCAUUUGGUUUAGGACUGGACGUUGUGCAAUUUGUGUGUCAUUUGUUCUAUCCAUUUUCAAUUGACAGUCAAAAAUGAGAAAUGGCAGAUUAAUCCAAUUCAAAUUUCAGUGACGGGUCAAAAAUACAAAUACAUGGUAAAAUGGGUCACAGGGCCCUAAUGUGAUUUAAAAUGUUGAAUUUGCUACCCCGAAGUUUUGGUAAUAAUCUUCGUUAUCUGGAGUAAAACUGGUGUGAUUUUUUUUUAAAUUACCUAUUGCACAACUGGAGACAGAAGUACUGUAUUACUACGAAGGGGAACACUUGUAAUUUGGUUUUGAAAUAUGUGUGUGUGUGUGUGU